CUUCCUCCUCAUCAACACUCUCCGCCCUCCUCCGCCGCCGCCUGACAUCUGUCUCACGCCUUUCCGCUCGUUCACUGAUCCGCUGUCGCUAUCUGUCCGCCGCCUGGACUGCCUCUGGAUCCCAGCUCACGAGCGCCAAGUCGCUCCGCCACCUCCGUGGCCUGUUUUGCCGCGACACUGGCAAAGGCUUGCGCGUUACCAAGACUGCACCGAACAACGCCUGGGACUGCAGCGAAGAGACUCCGUCGGCCAUACCCUCAUCCUCCGACGAUACUCGCCCGCUCAUCGCAUCACUCGCCGUGUCCGGCGCUUCCAUAGCCCCUUCGACGCUCACGUCGCGCGACCAUGAAGGCGGCAUCUGUGCUCGGCGCGCUGCUGGCGGCGCGCUCUGCCGCGGCCAUCGAGUUGAAUCUCAACGAUCAGAGUAGCAUCAAAGCAGCUGCGAGGACAUGCGCAGAUGGCAUGAUGAGCUUCUACAAGGGCAACGUGACUGGAGGCAUUCCAGGUCUGCUCCCUGGCCCAUACUACUGGUGGGAAGCCGGUGCCAUGUUCGGCGCAAUGAUUGAUUACUGGUACUAUACGGGCGACUCGACAUACAAUGGCGUCACGACAGAGGCUAUGCUGUUCCAGGUCGGACCCGAUGAGAACUACAUGCCUCCCAACCAGUCAAAGUCGUUGGGUAAUGAUGAUCAGGCAUUCUGGGGUAUUGCCGCCAUGACCGCAGCCGAAGCGAACUUUCCCAAUCCUCCAGAGGACAAACCACAAUGGCUAGAACUGGCUCUAGCUGUUUUCAACUCUCAGACAGUACGAUGGGACACGACAUCCUGUGGCGGAGGCCUCAAAUGGCAGAUUUUCACAUUCAACAACGGUUACAACUACAAGAACGCCAUCUCGAAUGGCUGCUAUUUCAAUCUAGGCGCUCGUCUGGCCCUUUAUACGGGCAACUCCACCUUUGCCGAUCUGGCUAGCCGCAUGUGGGACUGGACUACGAGCGUCGGUCUUAUCAGUAAUGAAUACUUUGUCUACGACGGUUCUGAUGAUACGCUCAACUGCACUGAGCUGAACCACAUCCAAUGGUCCUACAACGCUGGCGUCUUCCUCUACGGCGCUGCGACCAUGUGGAAUUUCACACAAGGCACAGCAGAUGAAGCAAAGUGGCGCGAGCGUACCCAAGGUAUGCUUGACGGCGCAAUCAAGAUCUUCUUCCAAGGUCAGAUUAUGUACGAGGUGGCUUGCGAACCUUCCGGAAAUUGCAACGUGGAUCAGCAAUCGUUCAAAGCCUACCUGUCAAGAUGGAUGGCAGCUACGACCAAAGUUGCGCCCUGGACACACGACACUAUUGUUCCGCUGAUCGCUGCAUCUGCUGAAGCUGCUGCGAAGACAUGUACUGGAGGUGCCACCGGCCAAUUCUGCGGGACCAAGUGGACCGAAGGCGUGUUCGAUGGAGGCAUGGGUGUAGGACAACAGAUGAAUGCUCUCGAAGUCAUUCAGAGCAACCUGAUCGAUCUUGUACCAGGACCUCUCGGAAACAAGACUGGUGCAUCUUCCAAGGCCGGCGACUUGAACGUUGGUCUUGGCGGUGAUAAGAAUCCGCUUGCACCUCCCAGUGCUAUCACCGCUGCGGAUCGCGCAGGCGCUGGUAUCAUAUCCGCACUGGUGAUCGUUGGUCUGGUCGGCGGAGCGUGGUGGAUGGUUGCAUAAAUGCAUUGGCGUUGGACAUAAAGACAGACAGAACAGCAUAAUGCUAAUGCUACGGAAUCAGAUUUGAUGUUUCUAUCGACGCGUGCUGCCCCGAGAUUGGAUUCUCACGGCGUUGGAUGUGGACAUGUGGGCUAAAAGGUUGCUAUUCUGACGAACACAUGUACAAUAACGAGUUCCUGCGAUGACACUCUCUAGACAUAUCUUCUUUACUUUUUUGAUCAGUCGAGUUUCGACUGAUGUUCCAAUCCUUGUCAGAAC